GGUUGGCAUCUCUCCUGGCUGUGAGCUUUCUAUUCCCCACUCCCUGUUGCCUAUAUAAAACCAAGGCAUGGGCUAGACCAAGGACAAAGGAGGGACCAAUCAGUGUCAACACCUUAGAGAUCUGUACAGAUUGCCUGGCAGUUUCAUCCCUGCAGGAAGAUGUUCAAGCUGUGCACUCUGGGUAUCAUUCUGUGCGUCUUGGCACCGUCUCACGAGACCAGCCCUGGGACUGUGGUGCGAGUCAACCAAGAAGCCCUAGAGUAUGUCAGCCAGCAAGGACGACCAUUCCUUUUGAAGGGUCUGUUGGCCAUACAGAUCCCAGCUUUUAAGCCCAAGGGACUAAUAUUCGGGUCACUCCUGAAUAUCGUGGGUAUCCACAUCAAGGAAGUUCAGCUCCCGCACAUCUCUGUGAAGCUCAUUCCAAAGACUGGCGUCCAGAUUUCCUUCAGCAGCAAACUCCACAUCAAAGGCAACAUCUGUGAGUGGAAACUGGGGUCAUCCAUCACGCUUGAUGUCCGGGUCAGUCGCAGCCCCCACGGUUGCCCCGUCCUGAGUAUUACCGCUUGCAAGUCCAUGUUGGCCGAUUUUCAAGUGCUCUUGGGCGGUCAUAAUUUGCUUGGCUUCGUGAGGCCUAUGCAGGACUUCUUCCGUGCCAUGUUAGUGGACAAGAUGUGUCUGAGUGUCUCCAGUGUGAUUCUGGACCUGAAUGUCAAGUUGGGCACCAUAGCUGGUAUGAAACCCAUCACCCCCAUGUCUCACCUCCAGUACUCCAUGAUGGAUGAACCUGAGAUCACCAGUGAAUACAUCGAUCUUGAUAUGGAUACCGCCUUCGAACUGAUGGGGAAGCCCUUGGAAGAUUCCAGCCCCGUGCCCCCUUUCUCCCUGCCGCCCCAGGUGACGGCCGCCGAUGACUCCAUGGUGAACAUGGGCCUGUCCAAUUACAUGUUCGAACACUUCUUUCAAACCCUGGAACAAUCGGGAGCCUUUAAUAUGCACCUCGCAGGAAAACCGGGCUCCGGAGACUUCUACCUCUCCACUUCUCAGCUGCACUCUGCCAUCCCCUCGCUUGCCGAAAGGUAUCCCAACGAUGUUGCCAUCGCUUUGAAUGUGGUCCUCGCGAGGGUUCCUCUAGUCACCCUGAAAGAAGGCCUAGCCAUGGUGACCAUCAGUCCCAGCAUCCAGCUGGCCGUGGCCUCCUCAGCUUCGUCCUCCGAGACCCUCUGCACUCUGGGUUGUGAGCUGACUUUGGCCCUCAAACUGGACGUCACACCGACCAGUAUCGAGAUCGCGGUUGCCUUGCGGGGAGAGAUUGGUCUGGAGGUGGUUUCUUCCAGUGUGCGAGAUGUGCAGGUUGGGCGGCUGAGAGGGAUAAUCGUCUCCAUGAUUGAGAAGACAUUCCUGGCUCAUAUAAACACUGUUCUGUCUGCAGGAGUGUCUCUCCCCAAGAUGGCCAACCUCCAGUACGUCGAAGGUGACAUUGAGAUUCAUGAGGGCUAUGCGCAAGUCAACUGUGACCUUGAGUACGUUCCCUGAACUGAGGCAGCGAUCUAAGAAUGCCUCCCUACAAUACAGUUUCUGAUCUAUCUGAUUUGCAACGCCUAUAACGCGAAGACAGAAGGGGAAUCUACACUUCUUUGCCGCAAGAAACACAGGGAACUUAAAUGUGUGUGUCGGGAGACUUGCCCCCAGGCAAGGAACAGGGGUGGGAGUGGAAAUUCAUCUGCUCACAUUAUCUUAAUGGAACAUACUUCUGAAUAAAUGGACAGGGCUCAGUGUGGAGUUUUGCUUUCAUAGUAUGUCUUAGCAGCGAUCCAGACAGAAUUUAGCUGGGCAGAGUCUCACAGAUUCCAGUGGCAGAGAGUUUAAUGCCUGUUUCACUUUUCCAUCGAAAUCUGUGAGAUGGACCUGUACUUCUCUUGUGCAAGAUGCCCCUCUUCCUGAUUCAUUCCACUGCUCAUUUCUCUUUAUUAAAAUGCUCUCCCUCUCGUA